AUGCUGCACACCAGGGUGGAGCCUCGUGGCGUCUCCGUGGAGGAGACGCCGUGCGGGGAGGCCACCCUGGCGCCGGAGCCGAAGAAGAAGAGGAGGAAGACGACGACGACGGGCGACGUGGAGCAGCCGACACACGACUCGGUGGAGACGACCGUCAGACUGCGUACGCAGCAGCGACUCGCCCUCCUCACGGUGUGUUUGUCUGUGUUGUCUUCAUCCUCCUCACAGACCCGGUUGCCUGAGGGCUGGCGGACAGCCCUCACCGGGGCAGAGCAGGAGUGGAUCGGCCGGGCGCUGUUCCAGCAGACCAGCGGGGGGUCCCUCAAGCUAACCACGGACCUCAAGCUGUGGUGGGACCCCCCCCAGCCCCGGCUGAACUAUACUCAGCCACCCGCCUCGGCGGCUGCCUUCUUCGCGUGUCGGUUGUUCCUCUGGGCGCCCCUGCACAUGUGGGGUCCCCGGCCGACAUGCUGCCAGAAACAUCUCACCAAGUGUGGGAUGUACAAGACCAUCCGGAAGGUCUUGGACAUCGACGGCUGGUACUUGAUGGCCACCGAGUACCUGGAGUGCCGUCGGUGUCGGAGGAAGGUAGCCGCCUGGUCGCAGGAGGUCGUGAGGCAGCUGGGAGAGGGGCAUCGCGCCCUCUUCCCGGCGAUCCUCACCUACAAGCUUGCCUGCGACCGGCGGGUCAUCAUCCAGCUGCGUGAGCGUACUCGGGGGAACAGCGCCACGCAGCUGCAAAAAAAACUCUGUGAGGCACACACAGAGGCCUGGAUGCGGCGGUCCAUACACUACCUCAGCGUCAUGGAGCCCUUCACGUCGACGGGUGUCGUGCGCCAGUGCACCCCACCGCCGAAACCAUCGCCAGACGUGCCGCAGUACGGCUGGCUGUUGGUGGUGUACUGCCACGACAUCCUGUCUCGCCUGGAGGACGUGAAGGCCCGGGUCACCUCAGUCUUCGGAUCCAUCCUAAAGAUGGAUUCGACCAAGAAGGUGACCCGGAAGCUCGCCGGUGCCGCCGCCCAUACCGCAGCCUGGGCGACCAACGUGGGCAACGAGCACGGGCAGGUGCUAAUGUCCGUGCUCACGGCCACCGAGGGGGGUGGCCUGUUGCCCAUGGCUGCGGGGUUAAUGAGGCGGUACCGGGACGCUGGGGUAGCGCAGCCUCGCGUCCUCUAUGUCGACCGGGACUGCUGUUCGUCCCACGGGGGGUCCAAGGCAGCUGCUGCGUUCCAGGAGUGGGACAAGCUGGUGGUCCGGUUGGACAUUUGGCACCUGAUGCGACGCUACGCAUCAGGUGUCACAACCGAGAGCCACCAGCUGUACAAGCCCUUCCUGCAGCAGCUGUCUGCCAGUAUCUUCCUGUGGGACCCAGAGGACACAGCCCGGUUGCUCAACGCCAAGAGGAGGACGCUAGAGGCGCAGGGGAUGACCUUCUCGUCCGACGCCGGAGUGUGGAGGCACGUCAGCCGCAGGGAGAUGGCUCUCCAUUGCCGUCGCCGCACGCGUGGAGCUGCGGCGACCGAGCGGCUGAUCGAUGACCUCCUGCAAACCUUCGGCGGUGCCAACGGGCGAGACAACUACCGAGGAGGACGACGAGCUCGCCGAAGGCCGGCAGGAGUUGGAGGACCUCACCCUCCACGUGCCUGGCGAGUUCACCGCUCCUCGGACGGACCCGCGGUCAGGGCAUCCAGCUGACGCACCCGCGCCCGAGCCAUCCCGUCCGACCGAUCCCCCCGAGCCCCGCUCCCCCGGCCGGUCCUCGCCAGAGCCUCAGCAGGCCGCUGAGGUGAGUGCGACUCGCUCGAUCAAACGCUGAGCUCUGUGGCGUCCGUUUCACUUGUUUUCCGUGUCAGCGUGUGUUCGCAGGAGUAUCGAGGACCAGACAACCAGCCAGGGUACCUGGCCGUGGUCCGCUUGGCCAUGGCCUUAGUGGGGCUGCGCCACGAACAUGCCCUGUCCGAGGGGAGGGUAGACGAGCUCAUCGGCCUUUACGAGGACCUGUCCCCGUUAGACAGGGCCCGAGUAGUUUACCCUCCCCGCUACCCGGACGGGGCAGCUUGGGGGGGACGAUUCAUGGCAGCAAAGACAGGCCGCACCAGUAUCCCUGGUGCGGCUUGUUGUGGUGAAGCUUGGGGAGCUGAGGGCAACAAGGCCCACUUGCUCGAUGGUGUCUUGGUUGGAUCUACCCCGCUCAACCCCCAAGUGCUCUCCAUUGGCCCCUCCCCCACCUUCUCCAGGACCAGUUGCCGCUGGAUUUCUGGCUUCCUCCCCAUCCACACCUGCCAUCCAUCCGGUCUACUACUCCUGCAUGUCAUGCAGUGCAC